CGGCUUCGAGCAGUCGAUAACGAAGGAUGGUGACUACUUUCAAUUGUUCUGAAAAUGCAUGGUUGAAGAAACUAUAUGACCUUAGAGAGAAAUGGUGUCCAGCAUUUUCAAAAGAUUACUUUUCUGCUGGCAUUUUAUCCUCACAGGGAAGCGAGUCAACGAAUAAUUCUUUGUCUAGAAAGUUGAAUGCAACGUCUCCUCUUUGUGAUUUCUAUCACUUUUUUGUGAAGUUAUUAGUGAAUGGAGGAGUCAUGAGAGAUCAGAUCAACAAUGUUGUUGGGAUGGCUUCCCCGAGAUAUCAAUCCCACAUGUUGGUAUAUUACAUAAAGCUUCUCGAAUUUACACAAUUGAUGCUUACAAGCUUUUUGAGAAGGAGUUUGUUCGUGCUAUGUCUUUGAAACAUGAGGUUAAACAUUGUUUUGGUUCUGUUAUUCGAUAUUUAGUUUGGAUGCCUCAUAUUGAUCAGUUUUCACAUUGGGUUUCAUGUGACACGACAUCACAUUAUGUUGAUUGUUCAUGUAAGAGGUUUCAA